AUGGACUUCACGUGGCAAGAUCUCGUUGAUUACCUCCAAGCGCUGUCAGGCGCGAUACCAGAAGAAAGCCCCAGUAUACACUUACUCUAUGAAGAAGACAAUCUCCUGAUCGAGAAACUUUGGUUCCGAUCCAAACUUUUAAAACAAUUCUUGAUUACCCCGGACGUAAGGACGGACACUCCAGCUUUAUAUCUUCUGAACGAUGAAACGCGUCUCGUUUUCUUCGUCGAUACAGAAGAUGUUCUAAGGGGCGGUAGAUAUGACCCAGAUGAACAAGACUGGGUGCUUGAGCUUGAUGGAGAAGGAGACAUUACGAUACCCCAAAAUAGCAAACUUAGCGGCUGUUUCACCCCUGAAGGGCAAAUCGUGUUCUUUCAAAAUGAAUCUGGACUACUCCAGGGAAUCGAGAUCCAAGACUCAACGUGGGAACUAUUACAUCCUACUCCUGCGAAACCGGUGGAGGGGACCCGGCACUUAGUUAUCCGCACCGCCAACGAAAACCUAUACCUUUUUUACAUCGGUCGGGAUAAAUAUAUACACUAUCUGGUCAAGGUUCCUGAAACUGGGGAAUGGCAAGACAAUGUUCUAAACUCCCCGAUACUCGAAAAAACUAUCGUAAACUUCAUGGUUAUUCCGGACGAAGAUAUGAAGUUUGAAACGCAAAUUUUGACGACAGACAGCUUGAUCGGGAUUGAUAAAGUGGGAGUAUUGACGGAGUUCGGAAAAGUUGCAGAGGGCAAGUUUACUCCGAUUUCAGGUAAAGAAUGUGUUAUUGAGACUAUUCGUCUUGUAAAAAAAGGUGUGAAAGCUAUUGCGGGCAAGGCGGUGAAGGAUAAAAAGACAUGA